CAGCCCAGACAGCCAAGGGGGUGUAGGCGGCCUCUACGUGAGUCGUGGCAGGGAUGGCUGGCACUGGCGCUGCCACUUUCCUUCGCGCUCAACUGUGCUGAAUGCUCCAGGUCUCAAUUACUGGAAUUGUCAACUCCUUCAAACUAUUUUUUUCCAUUCACUAUGAGCAGACCAACUCUGUUGCCCAUCUGUGUGGCUUUCUGUAGCGUUCUCUUCCACACCUGGACUCCAGGAUGUCGAGCUUUCCCAAAGGUGGAAAGGAGGGAGACAGUGCAUGCAUAUGCAGAAAAAGAUCAGUCCCAGAAGAUGAACACAGAUGAUCAAGAAAACAUCUCCUUUGCUUCAAAGUACAUGCCACAGCAGAUGUCCUCUGAAGCUCCAAUGCUACUGUCUGCAGGACCUUCGGUGACACCAUUACAUAAAGUAUUCUCUGUCAACAAAGAGAGCCAACUUCCAGGAGCUGAGCUUCUGCAUCCUACCAGCCCUGGCAUUUACUCUUCCAGUGAGCCAAUGGUCUCAACCAGUGAACAAGGACAUAGUUCCAGCCAGCUUGAAAGAAUGUCUCCUGAGGACAGCCUUUCCAAGGCCAUGUUUACUGUUGCUGUAUCUUCACCUGCUUCUCUGAAUCCUGACCAGGGGGGACCCUACAGCAAUUUGAGUACCCAGCCUCUUGUAGAAGCAGUCACAGAUGGAACACAUAGUUUCCUGGAGUAUGUAGAUAACCAGCUGUUUGCAACUGAAAGUCAGGAAGUAGUUAACUUAGGGAAUUCACCUUCUUCUUCUAUAAAUACCAAAGAACCUGAGAAAAUCAGAGCAGAUGCAGCCAGGAUUAUCACUGCCUUUCCUGGUGUUGAUUCCACAAGAGACACAGAGCCUGAGAGGGAGAGGCCCUCAGAGGUGACAGCUGACUAUGUCCAGAGCACUACCACCAACUAUUUGGUGACAGUCCCCAAGAAUGUCCUGACUAUUGAGCCAACAGCUAGCAGUAUUCUGGGAGACCCUAAGGUCACAGUGAGUGUCAGCACACCUGGCCCAGUCUCUUCUGUCUUCAGUGAGGAGUGGGAUGACACCAAAUUUGAAAGCAUAAGUCGGGGGAGGCCCCCAGAGCCAGAAGCCAAUGCAGAGACUCAAGUGAGAAUAGAGCCCCCACAUGGAACCCAUGGUAGCUUUGAGGGGACUGAGGAGAGCACCACUUCCACAGAGGUUACAAAGGUGGCUCUGGGGUUCUCAGGAGGAGAAACAGCCUUAGGAACAGCCCUGGAAACUGCACUGGGGGAUGAGAGGCCAUCAGUCUUCACCCCUCAAAUUUCCUUCCCUCCCACAAUUCUGGCAGAAGACCCUGAAUUUUCCACUAUGAAGCUGUUCUCAAGUGCAGGAGGCUUCACAGCAUCCACCCAGGGGGACAGGACCCAGCUCUCCUCUGGGACUACAGUUUCUACCUCUCAAUAUGAGUCUGUGUCACAGCAGGAAGAAGGAAAUGUGUUAAAAGACAUCACUCAAGAGAUGACAAUGGCCACUCAAGAAACAGACUCCACAUUACCUGUGGUGACACAAGAGCAUAUGGCCACCAUCGAGGUUCCCAGAGGCAGUGGGGAGCCUGAAGAGGGCAUGCCAUCCCCCUCUCUUGUGUCUGUUGAUGUGGGUGAUGCUGAGCUGUCCAGAAGAUGGGAGUCUCUGGCCACUCCAGCCUCCACCACCGUUGUCCCUAUGUCUCUCAAACUUACCUCUUCCAUGGAAGAUCUCAUGGACACAAUCACUGGACCAAAUGAGGAAUUCAUACCAGUUUUGAGCUCUCCAGUAGCAACCCCUGCAAUGACUGUGGAGGCUGCCACAAUUUCUCCAGCAAUCCCUUCUGAGGGAAGAACGAGUCCAUCCAUCAGCCGCCCAAAUACAGCUGCCUCCUUUGGCCUGGAACAACUCGAAUCUGAAGAGGUAGAAGAUGAUGAGGAUGAAGAGGAUGAAGAAGAUGAAGAGGAAGAAGAGGAAGAUGAAGAGGAUGAAGAAGAUAAAGAGACAGACUUCUUGUAUAAGGACUUCGAUGGUGACACUGAGCCACCAGGGUUUACUCUGCCUGGUAUCACGUCCCAGGAACCUGACAUAGGUCCAGGAAGCAUGGACCUACUAGAGGUAGCCACCUACCAGGUACCAGAGACCAUUGAGUGGGAACAGCAGAAUCAAGGUCUGGUGAGAAGCUGGAUGGAAAAGCUAAAAGACAAGGCAGGAUACAUGUCUGGAAUGCUGGUGCCUGUUGGGGUGGGGAUAGCUGGAGCCUUGUUCAUCUUGGGAGCAUUAUACAGUAUUAAAGUUAUGAAUCGCCGAAGAAGAAAUGGCUUCAAGCGGCAUAAAAGGAAGCAGAGAGAAUUCAACAGUAUGCAAGACAGAGUGAUGCUGUUGGCUGAUAGCUCUGAAGACGAAUUCUGAACUGGACUUGAGUUUAACUGAGAUAUUCCAUGAGAUUAUUAUUUUAUUUUCUAUUUGAAGGCAAAAAGAAGAAAGAGAAUAAAUAAAUAAGAAAAAACAGUAUCUCACCACCUUGCUGCUGCUACCAGGUCUUCGGUCCAGCCCCAUCUCUGCUGGAGAGUAGAUUUUUUUCUUGUGCUCAGCAGAAAAACUAAGCUGUACCCUAAAUGCAGCAUGCAGUGUUUGGCUCUUCUGUAGUGUGUAUGUCAUCAACAAGGGCUGCAAUUUAGAAACACGUAGGAUAUAUGUUCAGUGGGACUUAGGUAGAAUAAAUGUUUUGUAUUUU